AUGGCCGAAACAACACAAACAGCCAAACCAGCUGAGUGGUGGGCGGCGUUCCCCGCUCCAAAGGCAAAAUGCCCUGAGAUCAGCGCAGACGAAGUGAUGAAGUUGUUUGAUGACAUGGAUAUCAACCCUGUUCCUCGGCCUUUCCUGCUUGUGGAUGUGAGAAGGAACGAUUGGGAGGGCGGCACCAUCCAUACAUCUCUCAACCUUCCAGCUCAGAGCUUCUAUCAAAAUCGCAAACCUCUUCUUGACCUCUGUGAUAGGGCAUCGAUUAAGCAGGUGAUUUUCUACUGUGGCUCUUCAGCUGGCCGGGGUACCCGCUGUGCAAACUGGAUGCAAGAUUACAUCGAUGACAUCGCCAAGUUCGGUCGGAGAACUGAAGUUAAAGUUCUCAUUCUGAAAGGUGGCAUAAAGAAUUGGGUCAAGCAAUACGAAGGUGCACUGGUAGAAGGAUACGAGGAGAAGUAUUGGGAGCAGUUUAAGUAG